AUGGCAAUCUCAACAAAUCGAUUAGUCAAACCAUGGUAUUCCGAUGACUUCCUUUAUUCUAUUUACACGAAAUACUGUUUAAUCAAGCGGGAAAAGAUCUAUGGAAAGACGGGCGCGUUGGUUAGUAGAUGUAUGGCUGUUGCUGCUAAGGAAAAUGGAGGAACAACCCUUCUCUUCCACACCAAUACCGAGUCUGGAAAGACCGACGAGUUGGCAACGGAUUCCCAUAUCAACAUAUCAUUCUUAAAUUCCUCAGGAGAAUGGGCUUCUAUUUCCGAAACCGACCGCGACCUAAUCAAAAAAUACUACACCCCCACCCUCAAAGCCUGGCUCGGCGAUCUCAGCGACGGCGUCCACGAUGGUGGUCCCGACGAUCCACGCAUUGGAAUUAUCAAAGUCGAUGCAAAGACCGCCACCUAUGCUAUUGUACGCAAGGGAUUGUUGGCCCGAGGAGCCGAGGUGGCGCAGGGAGCUAUCACGGGAAAGACGGCUAGUGUUAAUAAAUUGAGGGAGAUUAGUGAGGAGGAGAUUCAGAAAUGGAGGACUAGUUUGGGAAUGGUCCAGUAG